AUGCCCACAGCAACAAAAGCAGGCUUGGAUGACAAAAUGACAGAUACCGGCAUUUUGGAUGGGAUAUUAGCAGAGUGGGAGAAAAACGUAAAGGAUAUAAAAAUACCUGCCUGCUUUAACAAGAUGCCCCAAGAGACCGGGAAGACUUUCCCUCAUUCCAAACAAGUUGGGAAUUACCUAGUAGGCAAAAUGAUCAACAAGGGUUCCUUUGCCAAGGUGAUGGAGGGACUGCACAUUCCCACAGGGGAGAAGGUAGCCAUAAAAGUCAUUGACAAGAGGAAAGCCAAACAGGAUUCCUAUGUUUUAAAAAACAUGAAGCGUGAGCCACGGGUACACCAGAUGAUUAAGCAUCCCAAUGUUGUUCAGCUAUAUGAGACCUUGGAGACUGACAACUCCUAUUACAUGGUGAUGGAACUGUGCCUUGGUGGUGACCUCCUGGACAGAAUUUGUGACAAAAAGAGGCUGGCAGAAUGGGAAGUAAGGAGAUACAUCUGGCAAAUUCUAUCUGCAGUAGAGCACCUGCAUUGCCAGGGAAUUGUUCACCGGGACCUAAAAAUUGAAAAUUUUCUUCUUGAUGAGAACAACAACAUCAAAAUCAUUGAUUUUGGACUGAGCAAUACUGCAAAGUUCAGUGGUCUCUCCCAGGAGCUGUUACAUACCCAGUGUGGAAGCCCAGCUUAUGCUGCUCCAGAACUCCUUGCUCAUAGGAAAUACGGUCCAAAAGUGGAUGUCUGGUCCAUAGGCGUAAGCAUGUUUGCUAUGCUAACCGGCACAUUACCCUUCACUGUGGAACCUUUUAAUAUCAAGCAACUACAUCAAAAGAUAUUAAUUGGAGAAAUCAGCCCUAUUCCGUCAGAUAUCUCCCCUGGAGCUGUACACUUCAUGCAGUCCUUACUUGAGCCUGACCCUGCUAAGAGACCUGAAGUCAAAGAAGCAAUAAAAGACAAAUGGUUGAAUGAAGGUUUCACCAAGAAAAUACUAAACACUGCUCCCUAUGAGAACAGACUUUGCCCCAGUGACCUGAACUCUGUUGUUUUAAACUACAUGACAGAAUUUAUGGAAUUCAGUCCUUCAGAAGUUAUCAACAUUUUAAUAAAUAACAGACCCUCUCCUGCCAUGGCUUCUUAUUGUUUGUUGCUGAAGAAACUGCUCAGGUACCAGAAAGACCUCAAAAAUGCUCAGAGGGAAAAUGAAAUAGAAAAACACAGUAUUAAUCCUGAUAAACAGUUGAAUAAGAAGUCAGAAAUUAAGAUUUUCCAGAAGGCUGAAAUGGACUCUCUGGAAAACCUCAGGAAUUACGGCAAUAAGGCAUUUCCUUCUUUACUAACCCUGGCAAUGCCAGAUGUUAUUCAAGAAGAUGAGAUUGCAAUUACAUUGGAAAACCAAGAAAAUUUGUCAAAAGCAGAAGCUGAUCUGAUUUGUCCUAUAUUCUACUUAGUUUCCAAGUUUGCAGGCAAAGUGUCAGUCCGUCUUGGGCCUCCUAAGUCAUCAAGCAGCAGUAUGCCAUGUGAGCCCAUUUAUAAGCCACUUUUGGACUCUCAGAAGAAUCAGAAUAAUUUUGAAGACUUGACAGAGGCUGGAAUAGCAUGUCUUCAUGAGAAAUCACAAUCUUCCUUUUCAAACGUCCAAGCAAUGACAAGUACAAGCAAAAUGCCUACACGGUCCCUGAUGGAAAACAGAAUUAUUACCAGAAGUCCUUUACCUUGUCAGGACAUGAGGUUUAAAGACCUUCUAAAGGUGGUAGAUGAAAAUAUUUACAUCCCAACACAGAGUCAACUUAAUAAAGAUGUCACUGACCUCAUGAUUGACUCUCUGCCGUUGCCACCUUUCCCCAGGCUGCGACAAGCUACCCUGAGAGAAACCCUGCCUAGAAAGAUUUCCUUGCUGGGGUCAUCACAGGAACAUACAAACAUCUCCCCUCUGGUUGUAGUCAAUGGUUCAAAACCAUCAACCUUCCCCAUGUCCCAGCAGCAAAUGUUUACCAUAAGAAGUAUGAAGCAGCUUAAAGAAAACCCAACUCAUUUUUUCAACAAGAAAACUAAGAAAAACUUUAUUCAGCUCAGACACACACCUACAACUACAGAUCUAAAUCUUCCAGUUUUAUGUCCACCAUACCAAACCAGGCUGAGGAAGAAAGCUGAGAUUCUAAGAUUAAAUUUCGCAUAA